ACAAAUGCGAUGCAGAAUUGCCCUCCCUCCCUGUUACAUUUAUCAAAAAGAAACCCACAAUUCAAUGGCUCUUCAAAAUUUCUUCAAAUUUCUCAAGAAAACAUCAGUUAAAGAAAGGGGAAGAAAACCUUCAGCACUUUCAGAGGGACUAUGUCGUCAAUUUUCACUAGCUGAGCUCCAAGCUGCCACCAACAACUUUGAUGAUGAUUUGAUCCAAGCUGCCACCAACUACUUUGAUAAUGAUUUGAUAUUCUGUCAAGAUCGUUUUAGCUCAGUGUACAAAGGCCUCAUUGAUGGCGGCUCCAUGGUUGUAGCUGUAAAACGCUUUAGCAGAUCAUCCGGACAAGGAUUUGAUGUGUUCCAAAAUGAGGUAGAGUUACUGUGCCAGCUACGCCACCAGAAUCUUGUCUCUCUCCUCGGGUUUUGUGACGAGAAGGAUGAGAGGAUCCUUGUGUAUGAACAUAUGACCCAUAGGGGAUUGGAUAGUCAUCUUUUUGGGAAUGCUGAUCCACUCCCAUGGAAGCGGAGACUAGAGAUAUGUAUUGGGGCAGCGCGGGGAUUACACUACCUUCACACAGGUGCAAAGCAUACAAUAAUUCACUGCAAUGUCAAGCCUCACAAUAUUCUUCUGAACGACAAUUGGGAUGCCAAGCUUGCAGAUUUGGGAUCAUCCGUAAUUGGUCCCUCUAGCAUCUCAAAGCCUAAGCCCAACGCUUUGGAAGAAAUGAUGACACCAGGAAGAGGUACCCUGGGCUAUAUAGCUCCAGAGUUUUUCUAUAGACGUCAUGAAUUAAGUGAAAAAGUUGAUGUGUACACACUAGGUAUUGUUCUGUUAGAAGUAUUGUGCGCUAGAAAGUUGAUUGACGCCAAGGCAGAAGACGAGGAAGUCAUUCAUUUGAUUUUCGGGAUCAUUAAAUGCAUAAAAAAUGGUUGUGUUCAUGAUAUGAUCGAUUCAUUUCUGAAAGGGAAGAUAGCACCGGCAUGUUUGAUAGAAUACGUGGAGAUCGCUCUCAAUUGUGUUCAUCUAAAUCCAAAUGAACGGCCUUCAAUGGGAGAAGUUGAGGUAACCUUAGAACUUGCAUUGAAGCUGCAGGAGAAAGCCGACUUGGUUAUCAAGGCUGACAAUCCACAUGCUGGCUAUUCCUACGACGAUGUAUCAUUUCGUGUUUCUGUUGAAGAAAUCCAGAACUGGCAAUCCUACAGUUACUGUUAUGGUGGAGAUUCAGAUGCAGGAUCGGCCUCGGAUGUAGAAAUGGUCUUCGAAGGAGAAGCGGUCUCAGUUGCCGAAUCAUAAAUUGAAAGACAUGAGUUUGGGAAGGGGAGUCUAUCUGUAAAAUCAAUAUUAAUAUUUAUUGAUGAAGAGAUUGAUGCAAUUAAAUCAAAGCAAAGGAGAAUCAACAUUCUAUUCAAAA